CCGCGGAGACUGCCUUAGCCGCGGACGCACCUCCUCCGACGGGUAGAGUGGACACCCUUCCGGAGGUGGGAGACGAGGGCCCGGCCUCCGAGAGCCCCUCUGAAGAAGAUGACCCAAGACCAACCUCUGCUUGCGGUGCAGGAGGCCCUGAAGCAGUGCUUCCCGGUGGUGGAGGAGCAGCAGGGCCUGUGGCAGAGUGCGCUAAGGGACUGCCAGCCCCUCCUGCUGUCCCUCAGCAACCUGGCAGAGCAGCUGCAGGCGGCCCAGAAUCUGCGGUUUGAGGACGUGCCACCACUUCGGGCCUUCCCAGACUUAAAGGAGCGGCUGAGGCGCAAGCAGCUGUGGGCUGGCGACACUGUCUUGGACAAGUUAGAGGAGAGGCUAACCGCCCUCCUCAAGGUGCGUGACACCGUCAGCAGCCACGUGGAGCGAGUGCUUCAGACCUAUGAGCAGCAUGCAGACACGAUUGGCAUGGAUGGUGUCCUCCAGGCUUCGGUUGUGAGCCCUUCGGUGGCUGACAUGUUGGAAUGGUUGCAAGAUAUUGAGAGACAUUAUCGAAAUUCUUACCUGAAGAGAAAGUGCCUCCUGUCCUCCAUCCAGUGGGGAGACUUGGCCAACAUCCAAGCUUUGCCCAAGGCCUGGGACCGGAUUUCAGAAGAUGAACACCAAACCCUUGUACAAGGUACUGGUUUUCAUUUAUGCCUUCAUGUCUGCUUUCUUUCUCUGUGUCUCUCUGUCUUACAGAGAUGCCCUUGCAGUGCCUCCAUAUUUUUUAUAAAUCUGAUGUUUUACGUUCCCUGGAGAGGUGAUAUGCCACAGUUUUUCUCUCUUCCUAUUCCAGAUACCCUAUUGAAUGUUUCCUUCUUCUUGGAAGAGUAAGGAAGUGGUGUGUUUAUCAGCAUACUAGUGAGACACGGUUGAAGGCUGAUACUGGUGCAUUCUGGUAUUUCUAAAGAAAUGUCAGUAUUGUAACCUAACAUACUUGAAAGAUUAGUGCCUGGGGCCGGAGGAGUAGCCCUUGGGAGGGUUGUGUUAGAUGUUUCUAAUGUUGCGGCCUCCCUCUGCUCUGUCAUGGUUGAAAGUACGUGGACACCCCUUGCCCUUUUCUAGGCUCGGGAAUGGAUGAUGGAGGCAGAGAGAAUGCAGGAAAGGCAGUGCAAGAGAACACUGGGGGCAGGAGCCACAGCCACAGAUGUGGUAGGGAAGGAAAGGACGGGGGAGAGAGUGGCAUCCCUCUGAGCAUCAUCCAAAGCUCUGAGCUUGGUUGACACCCGGCCCUGUUAUGUGUAUUUGUAUCAGUACCUGACUCCCUGACGCAAGAUGAUUCUUCUUGAUGAUUUAAAGAAAUAAGGGUGAUAUUGAUGGAAGACAGUACAGAUCUUCCUCGACCUAUAAUGGUGUUACAUCUUGAUAAUGUCAUCAUGUAAGUUGAAAAUAUCAUGAGUCAAAAAUGCAUUUAAUACACCUAACCUACCAAAUGUCAUAGCUCAGCCUAGCCUGCCUUAAAUGUGCCCUGAACACUCACAUUAGCCUACAGUUGGGUAAAAUCAUUGAAUACCAAGCCUGUUGUACCAUAAAGUGCUGAAUAUCUCGUGUAAUUGAUUGCAAAACAGAAGGGUGGUAUGGGCACGGAGUGGCUGUAUAAGUUGUGUACCCUUGUGAACUUGGGGCUGACCGUAAGCUGGGGCUUGCUGCUGUCACCCGGUGUCACAAGAGAGGAUCGGACCGCGUAUUGCCAGUCCGAGAAAAGAUCCAAAUUCAAAAUCUGAAGUACGGUUUCCAGUGGACACGUAUUGCUUUUGCACCAUCGUAAAGUUUGAAAACUCGGAAGUCAGAGUCGUCUAUCAUUGUCCAGCUGCUUUAGCUCCUCGUCGUCAUUCAGUUUCCGGAGUCCGCCACCAGGGGGAGGUGGCGCAGCGUGAAUCAUUCUCAGUGCUUUGUCUUCGAUGGUGUUCCUCUGUUCCCUGUCUGAGAGUUAAGUAACUGGGCAUAGUGAGACUGCUAAAAUGAUGGGGGUUUUUUUCUGACCAAAGCUGGCACCUGAUUUUCCACAUCCCUCUGAUCUUGGAGUAGCUGCACGGUGGGAGAAGAGCGCCCGGAAUCAGGCCAUCAGCGUUAUUUCUGAAGCCCAGUGCCUUCAUCUGUGAAAUGGUUGGGUACUUCCAGACCUGUCAGCUUCCUAGGCUGUGGGAAAAUCUGGGUCACUGGAUGUAGAGAGGCUUAAUAAAGAGUGUAGAUAUUGUUAAAAUGAAGAUGACUUUUUUUUUUUUACUACAAAAGUGAUCUAUAUGCUUUUUAAAAAAUCAGAGGAAAAUUGUAGGAAAAAUUUUAAAUGUGGAAAAGUAUGAAACACAAACUCCAUCAGAGAUAUUUUGAUAUAUGGCUCUUUCUGUGUCCAUAUCCACAAAUU